AUGCUGGCGUGGCCGAUGACGCUGGGCGACCAGCGCCUGGUGGCAACGGUGAUCAGGAGCGCCGGCUUCGGGCUGUGGCUGGAGCGCUGGAGCUGGGACAGCGAGAGCUCGCUGGUGCGCGCGGCGGAGAUAGCAGAGAAGGUGAAGGCGGUGAUGGGCGACGAGGCGAUCUCGGCGAGGGCUAAGGAGGUCGGCCGGGAGGCGACCAAGGCCGUUGCCCCGGGCGGCUCCAGCCACCGGAGCAUGCAGGAAUUCCUUGCCGCGCUCAGGUGA